AUGCAGUUCAUCAUCACGCUCGGCCUGCUCUCCGGCCUCGCCGCCGCCCAGUCCGCCACCACCACCGCGUCCUCCUCCGGAUCGACCGGCCUGCCGGGCCUCAUCAGCCAACUGCCCACCUGCGCCGUCACCUGCCUCAACACCGCCGCCAGAAACAUCGGCUGCUCGGCAACAGACUUCACCUGCCUGUGCGACAGCCAGGAACGCCUCAUCUCCUCCCUGACACCCUGCGUACUGACGGCCGGCUGCUCUGCCGAUGACAUUGCCAAUGCCGCGAGGAUCGCACCCCAGAUCUGCUCCGAGGUCGACAACAACCCCGCCGCGUCCGACAUCGCGUCCGCCUCGAACCUCGUCACCGGCGCCCUCGGCACCGCGACCGGCGGCAGCGCCGCCACGGCCACGGCCACCCCCGCCGCCGCCGCCGCGAGGCCCACCAACGGCUACUACGGCAUCCUCGGCGCCGGCGCCGUCGCUCUGGCCGCCAUCGCCUUGUAG